AUGGCUGGUCUUAUAUCGAUGAUAAUAAUAAUGAUUUUUGUCUUUCUUAUAUUUUAUGUGAAUAUUAUUUCAUGUGUAUCAAAUAAUACAACUCAAUUUGAUAAUUUUACUAUUGAAUGGCAAGAUUUUAAUUUAUUCAGUUGUAGUGUACCAACAACAAUUGGUAUAUCACUUUUUACUUGUUUACCAUCAGCUGGUUAUAUACAUGUUGAUGAUAUCAAUUGUCUCAAUACAAUUGUCAUCGACUUCAAUCAAGAUAUAUGUCAAGUUACUACAGAUACAGUUAUUUAUACAAUAAGUACUUCAAUAGUAACACAAGAAACAACAACAUUGACAAGUUCUUAUGCACAAGUAGAAGUAAAUAAAACAAUGAAAUUUUUGAAAUAA